GUCGCCUCCAGCCCGAUGCCUAUUAGGGUCAAGGGCCCAGCUUACCUGCCACCAUCGUCGACGUGCCCCAAACUCUCGACAUGCCCCCAACUCUCGACAUGCACGGCCUCGACAACGCACAAAGCCGCACGACCUCUGCGCCGCCGACGGCGCAGCACAUUCGGUGUGACUUCGUCGACACUGGCUGCCUCGUUGAGGAGCUCGGGCUCAUCGACUCGCAUGCGUGGGCCCCCGAAGGCGAUGGCUUUGCAGAUCUCUCAGAUCUCUCCGACUUGACUGAUUCGGAGGAUGAGCUGCCCAGUGGCAGCGUGCAGACUGGGACCGAUUCAAUGCAAGGGCUCUUCAAAGACAAGGUCGAGCUUACAAAGACACGAAGGUCAAAAAACCAGCGAGUCCGAAACCAGGGCCGGAAGCGAGGACGGUUCGACCUCCAUGCGUCGUCAGACCAGCAUCUCGAAGUCGAUCAUUCGGUUGAAGCGCAUGCGCAAGCCAAUGCGCAGGGGUCGUACGUAGCCAGGUCGAAGGUCAUCUCCUUGAAGCCUGCCUCCCCGACGCUGGUAGGCAUGGGCAGCGGCGGCUCCGUCUCCGUCUUUGAUCAUGCCCGUCGACUCGUCGUGUAUCGGGAGACAGUUAUAUCGUCGACAUCUACGAUCAACGAGUGCCUUCUUUCUGCCCAGCAGCGCCUGCGCAGCUCGGGUAAGCCGGCGUUUGUCAAGGCCGGCGACAAAGCAUCAAGAGGCCCGUUUGACCAAUACUUUUUCUCACUCCACCGGGGGUCUACCAGGACACCUCGAAUGUCUGCCAGCUACAAGAAGAACACGGACCUUGCAGAAGAGCUUCUGCAAAUCCUCGAGCCCGUCAAGAGGCUCGUGAAUGCAACGUUCAGGAGGAAGUGGCCUCGGCUGCAUCAGCGGUACGCCGCUGCCUUGGACUUCAUCCAGCAGCAUGUCCAGGGCGCCAAGCCCCUUUUUGGCGCCUUCGCCUCAUUUGCCAUCAACAUGGAUGGCGUCAUCUGUGAUAUUCACCGUGAUAGCCAAAACUUCGUGACCGGAAUCUGCGUCGUGAUGCCCUUCGGCGACUUCCAGCCAUCGGCGGGUGCUUGCCUUGUCAUCGAGGAGCUCGGCCUGUCCUUCGAAGUGGCGCCAGGCGUCGCCAUUUAUUUUCCAAGUGCGCUAUAUAACCACUACAACACUCAGCUCUCCCAGAUGGGCGUGAGGGGAUCCCUCGUCCUUUGGACGGGAGGGACGCUGAUUCAAUGGGUGGAUUGCGGGGGCAGGGCCAAGUGUGAGAUGCCUGCGGAGGACAGGGCUCGGUAUGAGUUGUCGGCGAGGGAUCGGCUUGGUGAGGGGCUGAAUCUUUUGUACCCUGACUCGUUGACUGUAGAGUAUUAA